AUAAGAGCCUCGAAUGCGUCAUCUGGCCUAGAGGCGUGAUGGAUGUGAGCGGAGGAUUGGAGAAUUUGCCCGUGACUGUUUGGCCGCGGCAUGAGGAACCUCCAGGAUUCCAGUAUAGUCCAGAUCAUGUGGCUGCUGCAGAAUGUGGACCAGACCCCUCUGAAAUCUCCUUUUCGGGAUGCAGCUGCCAGUCUGCUUCCUGCCUGGCUUCCACAUGUCCAUGUCUUCCUUAUGCAGAAAACUAUAAGAAUUCAUGCAUCAACUAUGAAGGAAAUGAACUAGAGUAUUCAAAGCCUGUUUUUGAAUGCAACAUUAUGUGCCAAUGUGGAGAGUCAUGUCAGAACAGGGUGGUUCAAAAGGGCUUACAAUUCAGAUUGGAAGUCUUUAAGACAGCCAAGAAAGGAUGGGGUCUUCGCAGUCUCGAUUUCAUACCCAAAGGCAAAUUUGUGUGUGAAUAUGCUGGGGAAAUCCUAGAUCGCAGAGAAGCUUGUCGAAGGGUACAGCUACAGUCACCAAGUGAUUCAAAUUACAUAAUAGCAAUAAGAGAGCACUUGCAUGAUGGACAAAUCAUGGAGACGUUUGUUGAUCCCACAUACACAGGUAGUGUUGGUCGGUUCUUGAACCACUCCUGUGAGCCAAACCUCAUUAUGGUCCCUGUCCGAAUAAACUCAAUGGUGCCAAAGCUGGCACUUUUUGCCGAUCAGGAUAUCCGUGCAGAAGAAGAACUUUCAUACGAUUAUUCUGGAAGACACCACAAUUACUUCCCAGAUUUGCAAAGAGAUCAGGAGAAGCUACAAGAAGAGGAAAUGAAGAAAAAGCCCUGUUAUUGUGAUGCCAAGACAUGCACAGGUUUCUUGCCAUAUGAUGGUUCUUUAUUCUGUGAACAAGACACCACAAGUUGCACCAAAGAAACACUGUGAGAACCCAGGUCAUGGUGGCUUCUAGUUUCAUUCCCAAAACACUUACGCUGUGAUUCAGCAAGGGACAGCAACAUGUGGAAGUAACCUUCCACACAGGUAGCUGAAAGCACCUCAGGUACAGAUCACCAUCCACAGUGCAAUGCUCAUCCUGUUGAACUGGGCAAAUGAGCUUUGUCAUGUGCAUGUAGACACCAGUUAUGUGUAGCUGGUUGCUAGGUCAGGGACUUUGUACGCGGUAAUCUUUGUUUUAAUGGAAUGUCAAAAGAUGUUAUGCCAGCAUAUAUGUCUUACAGUCUUCAUACUCUGAUCCUAAACUCGUCUUCCAGGAAGCAAAGCCAGGUGUCACUGAAACUUAUCUUUAUGUGAACAGAGAUAGCAUCACAGGCAUAGAAACAAGAUUUCUGGCUGUGACUGUACUGAAAUACAUGACUUUAAAUUCUGGUAAAGAAAGGAAGAGUAAAUUAGACAGAUUGCCAAAUUAGCGCCUUAUGACCACUUCUCCUCAGCAGAGUGAUUGAUCUAAGAAUAGUUGUUUCAGAAUAUAUUAUCUAUGUAUGUAAUCAACAACUGCCAUCCUGUGCAUCCUUUUGUGAAAAUACAUUGCUCUCCCUCUCCUUUCUGAAAUACAUCCAACGCCACUGAAGUUUCUAUUUUCUGAUCCAUAGGUCAUUUGAAGCAGAGUUCUUUCUUUGGCAGCCAUUUUUCUAACUUUUCUGAACAGCUGGAUAAGAGUGUAUGAAGAUAACCCCAUCCUACAGACUGUCAUCAGCACUGUUACUAUCUCCUCCCCAACUCCAUCCCCCUAUACCUCUUCUGUGCUGGUCCCUGGCUUAAUUGGAUGACCUCAAAUGUUGAGAAUCAAUGCCUGAACUCUGCACAUCAGAUCACUGAACACAUUAAACAUCUAGGAGUUUAAUGAACACAAACCCAAGGGUAAUAAACAGUGCAGUCCUAGGCAGAUUUGAAUCCUCCUAAAUCCAGUAACUUCAGUGGCCUUAAGAAGGGUACAGCUCUGCCUAGGAUGGCAGUGUAAGACUGUUACUGCUGCAUGGUUGCUUGGUGGGAGUAUGAUUUUUGCAGGGAGAGAUCAGUUUUGUCUCUGUCUGGAGGACUGAGUUUGUAAGGCUUGGGAAAUCUUGCUUAUGAGAAAAUGGUUGUUAACUGACUGAAGGUUAGAAGCCAGGGGAAACGAGACUUUCUUUACAUUUUUACAAUCACUACAGCCUUUGCUGCUAUAAAUAGAAAGCAUCUCUCCUACCUCUGGUACUCAUUUUGUUUUGUCCAUGAAAAGAUUUGUGUGAUUGGUGGGGGUGGGGAAAGGGCACUGAAUUUUAAAUAAUGUCUUGAUCCAAUUAGCCUAACUUUUUGGUAUAGAUCUCUUGUAUAAAUAAACCAUUGAAUUUGAACAUAGCAUAAA